GUUAAUGGGUAGAGGAAACGAAUAAAUGCUAAUAAGCGGUAAAAGGGCUCAAAAACCUAGCGCACAGCUAGUAUCUGAGCAACACCUUUGAGCACUAUUUUGCCCCAAUAACGAUACGUUAUUGGGACAAAGGCACAAGCACUAGACACGAAUUCCAGAAUCGUGCCCUUAGGCGACAAUGAGAGUAUCAACGACUGGCCGGGUGGAUGCGCAGAAAUUCUGCCCUCGCGCCGCGACGAAAGGUUGCACAGUGCCAUUCCGUCAAGGAGGUCUCGCUUUCAGGUUGAAUACCUGUUCAAUUGCCCCAUCGCGAAAGCCUAUGUGCAGCUGUGCAGUCAAGACCGAGGUUGUGGCUACGGCGAACUCACCGGUCGUUGUUAUGAAGGUGCCAUACCGCGUACAAUAUGGGGAAGUCAUUCGGGUUGUUGGGUCUAGUCCUCUUCUAGGGGAAUGGUCAGCCGACCAGGGCUUGCAGCUGACAUGGACUGAUGGAGACGUGUGGACUGCUGAGGUGCCUAUCGGCGCAGGGAGCUACGAGUUCAAGUGUGUUGUCUGCAACGCGGAAUCAAACACCAUUAUCCGAUGGGAGGACGGCGGCAACCGCAUCCUCUGCGUCCCUGACCAGUCGGGCGUCCUCGACGUGAGCUGCACGUGGGGUUCCACAGGCGCCAUGUCACCCGUGUUCACACCGGCCGCUGAACAGGACAGCGCAGCCGCUGCAGUGCCACCGGCGUCCGCUUCAACACCCGCGUCUGCCGCAGUAGUCGCGUCGUCAGCGCAGCAGCAGAUGGAGCAGCAUCAGUUCGUGGAGGUAGUGCAAGUGGCAGAGGCCCAAUCGCCAUCCGCCCUGGCGACGGAGGAGGAGGCUGGCGUGGUGGAGCAGCCUGUGGGGCAGGUGCGACACAACUGGGGAGGGUGCGACACAGCCGAAAACUGUGGCCAAACUGGGGCAAUGCCGACCUCCACGCCAGCUCCAACCUCCCAUGCAACGGACGCCCCAGCAGCAACCGUCACCGCCAUGCCAUACCUCAGCACGGCCGCACUGGCAGGUAUGUCCAGCACAGCUACCCUGGACGCUUACUCUUCCUCGGAUGCCGCCGCAAUCACCACCGCCGGCAGCAGCCCCAGCACCACGAACAGCAGCAGCAGCGGCGGCGGAGCAGCAGCUGCAGUUGCGUUCCUUGUUGCGACCUGCGCUGCUGGCGUGGUGGCUGCAGCGGUACUGGCGCCGAGCGGUGUCGGGGGCAUGGACGCAUCCGCACUCAGCAGCCGGGCUAGUGCGGUGCUGAACUCCACAAUGACGCAAACAACAAGGGUUCGGACGCAGGUGCAAUCGCAGCUGCAAUUGCAGCUCUCAGCGCUGGCUGGCAAUGUGUCGGCCGUACAAGCCCAGGUAGCUGCCGUACAGCCUGCCGUACAAUCGCACGUUCAGUCGCUGCGCUCGCAGCUGUCGACGUUGGUGGCUGGUAACGUCUCAACGGUGCAGACCCAGAUGGCUGCCGUACAGCCUGCCGUACGAUCGCAGGUCCAGUCGCUACAAUCGCAGCUGUCAACACUGGUAGCUAGUAACGUCUCAGCGGUGCAGACCCAGAUGGCGGCCGUGCAACCUGCCGUGCUGGCGCAGGUAACCACCAUGCAGGGCACGCUACAGCCGUUAGUACGAGAGGGUGUGUCGUACAUGCAUGACGUGCAGGACCAGGCGGCGGCGCUUCAGGCCAGGGCGGUGGCGCUGGUGGCGGAAAGCAGUGCUGCGUUCCGACGGGGCUGAGUUAGGAGAUGAAAGGCUGGAAGCGGAAGUUGGGGCUGUACGAUACUUGUGCGUGGAUGUUGCUCUUGGCGGCGCUGCAUGCUGCGAUGCUGAGAGCGCGGAGGAAACUAGGUGCUCUGGUUAUGCCCGGCUUGGAGCAGCUUGUGUUGAGCCUAACUGGGCGACAGGGACCGUGUGAUGUAUGCGGUUCUAGCGGUGGGAAUGUAUGAUGUUGACAUGCGCUGCAAGGGAUGCAUGAGGCCAUGAGUGAGCAAGCGGGGUAACUGCGGAGCUGAGUGUUACUGAGCUUUAUGUUUAUAAGGGGAUUGUAAUAUACGGGGCCCUGAUGGUAGGCUUGUGGGAUCAUGUGCUUGAUGCAUGGGGCGCAUCGGCAUGGUAGUUAUGUGGAUUAUGAGAUGUUGACUGCUAAGUCAAGAGUUACGAGUGAGGCAGAAGCAGUAGCUGUUGCCAUAACACGUGAUUAUGGUGUUUGCAUAAUAAGCAUGACAGGAAUUAUGUUUACUGUGUCUGUUUGCGGUUUGGUGAAGUACGCCAGGUUUUUCUUUUGACGUCUUGCAUGUCAAGCCUUUCAGUUGUAUGCCUUAAGAACGUUGCCAGGUGUUUUCCGAAAGCAGAGGUGGCCGACUGCACCCUCCCUUCACUUCGUUCCAUGGGGAUGUACAUAAGUGCCCUUGGCCCCCCUGGCUGGUACGGACACACUGAACGCGCGUACAGACUGAAACUGUAACAUAAGUGCGGUAAAAA